CACAGCUGCACAUUUAUAUAAUGCCGCAGGUGUUUAUACCAUCUCCAUUGAAUGUCAGACCAGCAAAAGCCAUUGGGCUGUUGACAGGAACGACAUUAUACUUGAGCCAAUUAAUCAAAUGGAUGGUUUGCGAUGUUUCAGCCCCAGACAAUUGGACACAAUUCUUAACUGCGCUGUUCGUUAUGGAGACACGUUGUGGAUUCAGACAAAAAAUGACACUGGUUUUGAUAUGAUCUACACUGCAUCAGUUGGAAAUGUUGUUCUUCAGGCAUCCACUCUACUACCAGGAGUUAUCCCUAUUGAUCAAUCUUCACAGUUGCUUAUUGGGCCGGGCCGACAUAAUGUGACUGUAACCGCAACAAAUAGUUCGACGGAGAUAUCUCAGAAUUUGACAAUUUACCUUCUUGUUGAGAUCAGUGGCUUGCAAACAACGUUAGAGCCACCUGUCCUGAAACCUGGCGAUAAUGUCACUGUACAGGUGUCUGUAUCUGAGGGUGCACCAAUAAACCUACAGUUUGAUUUUAUUAAUUCUUAUAAUAUUUCAACAUAUACAGUGGAGAGCUCAACUGGGAUACUUCCAGUUUAUACAUUUCCAAUUAACCAGGAAGGCACAUUUCUUGUGACAGUCACUGCUUCGAACUUCAUAUCUGUUGACCAACAUGUCGCUGGACAUGUCAUUGUCACAAACAAUCUCUCCAAAAGGAGCAUUGGAAAAGAUUCACAAAGUGGUGCCAGAAGAAAAAGAUCAUUGCCGGAAAAUUUACGAAUUUGCACUGCAAGAUGCCCAAUACCAGAUUCAGAUCCAACAGAGAGAUUAUUGAAAGAUCUUCCAAACACUGAGGAUUUUUUUACCGAAGUUCCCACCGAUGAACUCACACAGGCCAUAGAGAAUGUCCUACAGAACUUUUCUUCGAUAGCUAUGAAUUCAUCCACAACAAAGGGAAUAACAAAAGCAAAUACAUAUCUUAAUUUUAUUACCUCUCAACCAGACAAAAUGACGGUUACAUCGCAGGACAAAGCCAGUGAUUCACUCCUGACCCUGAGUGACAAGUUGGACAAUCUUCCUGUUCUGAAACCGAGUGACAUCAUGUGGAAACUGGCUGCAGCAAAGUCAGGUCUCUAUGGAAUUAGCAAUCUGAUAAAUGCUUCAAUGACAAUAAAUGACUUGGAUAUGAAAGAAAAGAUGGCAAACGUAUCUGAGAUUCUCCUGAAAUCCAUGGAUAAAAUACAUUCUUCUCUUGAGAGUCUCAUACAUGAAGAGGACCCUACACUGAUUUUCCAUACAGAUUCCUUCAGCAUGAUCUUAAACAGGUACAACUCAAGUGAAUUGAAAACGAGCAAUGUUAACACUUCAGAAAAAAAUCCGUUCAGUUGCACUUUUCCAGAUACUGCAGACUUCCAGGAUAUUUCAGAUAAAUAUAUUCAAAUUAGGAUGGUGAAUUAUAGAGAAAAUCCUUUAAUCUGGCUCGAGCAAAGUAAUGUCAGUGGACCAAUGACCAAUAUAUCUUUGUCUUCAAAUGGAACUGAAGUAAAGAUUGAGAAUUUAUCCGAAACCUUUGAGAUUAUACUUCCCAGAUCCAAUGCAACGCAGUCUUUCUCAGAUACAUCUACCACAUUUACAAACCCGAUCUUACAAGGGUUCCAUGUAACAGAUACUGAGUCAACGUUAGUUAUCUCCGUAGCGACUGAACCGGUUACUUCAGUGCAACUAUAUCUUGGAUAUGAAUACAAACCCAAUGAGACCCUGUAUGAGUUUGAAACAAGCUUCUUUCCAGGAAAUGACAGCGAAGCCAACAUCUCCAGUUGGGUCAUUCAUCCUGAAAUGUUAAUGGGAAGGAAUGGAACUUAUUACUUGACAGCCAAGCCUCUCCUGAAAGCAAAUGUGUCUGAGGUCAAUGCUACAACAUUUACCAUAACCACCUUCAGUGCUAAGUGCUUGUAUUGGGAUGAAGUGCAGCAUUUUUGGUCAAUGCAAGGAUGUAAGGUGGGCCCAAGAACAAACCCAGAAAGGAUCCAGUGCCUCUGCAAUCACUUCAGUUUAUUUGCGACCUCUUUCAUUGUUUUGCCCAAUACAGUGGAUAUCACAGAAACAGUAGAAUUGUUUUCUAAGGUCAAAGACAACUCUGUGGUUGUCUCAUUACUGGCUGCUGUAGUUGGAGUGUACAUCAUCUUGGUUAUAUGGGCUCGGGCAAAGGACAGGCAGGAUUUAGUGAAGGUGAAAAAAACUCUUCUUGCAGAUAAUGAUCCCUUUGCCAAAUACUUUUACUUGGUGAAAGUCUUCACUGGGCAUCGAAGAGGAGCAGGAACUACAUCUAAGGUAGUAAUAACACUCUAUGGUUCAGCCGGCUGCAGUGACUCCCAUCAUUUAUUUGACCCAAAGAAACCAGUAUUUCAGCAAAGUUCAGAAGAUGAAUUUCUUCUUGCUACCCCCUUUCCGCUGGGAGACCUCACCAGCAUCAGACUGUGGCAUAAUAAUUCCGGAUCCAGCUCAUCCUGGUACAUUAAUCACGUAAUUAUACAAGAUCCCGAAACAGAACAGCGAUGGCUUUUCUUCUGCAAUUGCUGGUUGGCAGUUGACUUUGGAGAGUUUAGUCUUGACAAAGUUUUCCCUGUUGCUUCCGAGGCAGAAAUGAAAGACUUCCGCAACUUGUUCUUCAUGAAGACAGCUGAAAGCUUCACCGAUCAACAUAUCUGGUUUUCUGUGAUUGCUCGUCCUCCAAGGAGUUCCUUCACCAGAGUCCAGCGGGUUUCCUGCUGCUUUUCCCUCCUGCUCUGCACAAUGCUGACCAACAUCAUGUUCUGGAACACAGCUGCCAAUGGAAACGAAGAGGAACUAGAUGGCAGUACUGUCACAUGGCGGGAGCUAAUUAUCGGAAUCGAAAGUGCCUUCAUUAUUUUUCCUGUGAAUCUUGUAAUUGUACAAAUUUUUCGCAACGUCCGUCCCAAACCAAUUAAGAUGAAGAAAAUGUUGAAAAAGUCAGGCGUUAUCUGUGACCCAUCAGGGUGUCAACGGACACCUGAGGAUUUAAUGAUAGCCAUCAAAGGGAUUGCCAGUUGUUUGCCAAGGAAACUGAAAGAUGCCAUGCCCUCCCUGGAAGAAGAUAUUAGAAACACUGAUGACAUGAAUAAAUUGUUGGCUUUAAUAGCAGACAUUAUUCAGCACUAUAAUGAAAUUGAAGAUUCUGAGACUCAGGGGACAACUGUUCCAGAUAGGGAAAAUGAUUCUUCCACUGACUCUUAUGGAAAUGUGGGUGAUGGCGAUUCAAUGUCCCGUAACCCUGAGGAAAAUGAAGACGCUGAAUUUACUGACAGCAACUCCGAGAAGCAGAAGGACCAAAUCAUGCAACACUUCUAUCACUAUGUAAAUCUUUUGCUUCAGUUUGUGGAAACUGAGCUGCAACAGAUGGGUGUGAAGAAAUUUCAGAACCCGUACACUCAGAUUCAUGCCACAGACCAAGUGCAGAAGAUGAUUCACUUUAUCAAAGCUGCAGUCAAGGCUGAAGAUGGUGAUGAUGGCGAGGAUGAUGACAGCAGUAGUACUAAUGGGGAAGCCGUGUCUGGAAGUGAAAAGCAAGGCCUUCGUCAGGAAGGACUGCCUUGGUGGUUCGUUUACAUUGGCUGGCUCCUGGUGUUCGUUACAAGUGCUGUUUCUGCAUUUUUUACCAUGCUCUACAGUUUUGAUUACGGCAAAGAACAGUCCAUUCAAUGGCUGGUGUCCAUGACCAUCAGCUUCCUCGAGAGUAUUUUGAUCAUACAACCAGUAAAGGUUUUACUUGUGGCUGCUUUUGUCGCUCUUAUUAUCAAAAAGAUUGAAAGAAAUGACACCGAGCAAAAUUUCAAUAAACAUCUUCUAUCUUCUGAAGAUGAUACACAUGACAUGUUGACUCACAAUGCCAAAAGAAGUGAUAGUACUAUUUACCAACCGCCGUCAUUGAAAAAUGUGGAGGAACUGAAAGCACUGCAUAUGAAAGAAAAGAAAAUGUAUUGCUUGGUUAAAAACAUAAUUGCACAUGUACUAUUUCUGGUGUCAUUGGCGAUUAUUGCCUAUGGUGAACGAAGUCCUCAUUCGUUUUAUUUAAACAAAGCUCUCAAUGAUAGUUUUACCAAGAAGUUCAAUGGUUCAAUAACUGUCAAUGAUUUUUACAAUUGGACUGAAGAAAUCUUAUUACCGAAUCUAUAUGGAGCUUUUGAAGGAUUUAUAACAGAUGGAAAUUCAAAGCUGAUCGGCAGCCCUCGCCUACGGCAGGUGAGAGUGAAACCAGCUCCUUGUCCUGUGCCAACGCGAUUGGUGGAUAGGAUCAAGGAAUGCCGUGCUCCCUACUCUUACAGUGAUGAAUACAUGUUGGACUUUGGAAACCUUAGUGUAUAUACAGACUCCUCAAGCCUCGGCUCCUCUUGGCGAUAUCAGAGUGAAUCGCAGUUGAAUGGAUAUCCUGUUUGGGGAAAACUGGCAGUUUAUCGAGGAGGUGGCUAUGUCGCUGAGCUGGGAACAGAAUUCAAAACUGCAUCCAGAGUUAUUAAGUUUCUGAAAGACAACAGCUGGGUUGAUAUGUACACCAGAGCCAUCUUUAUAGAGUUUACAGUCUACAAUGCCAAUGUAAACUUGUUUUGCGUAGUUACGUUGAUGCUGGAGAUGAAAGCCAUUGGUGUCUUUCUUGGCAAUAUGGAGAAGGAGAUCAUCCGGUUGUACCACUACAUUGACGGAAAUUACCCUUCCGUUAUAGGGGCACAAAUUGUUUUUAUGCUUGUGGUUAUUUAUUAUAUGGUCAUGCAGGGAAAACAGCUAAAACAGAAAAGACUGAAGUAUUUCUGGAACAAAUGGAACAUAAUUGACGUGGCCAUUAUACUGUGCAGCUGGAGUGCAUUUGGACUGUAUAUAAAACGAGCAGUGAUUGGACCUAGAGUUAUAGAGGACUACCUCCAGAAUCGGGACAGGUUCAUCAACUUCUAUGAGACUGCAAUUACUGACUCUGCCCUUGGUUACGUGAUUGCUUUCCUGGUCUUACUAGCGACCGUCAAAUUCUGGAGUCUGCUGCAUUUGAACCCGAAGAUGCACUUAAUUACUUCUUCCAUGGAGAGAGCUUGGGGUAAUCUUCUGGGACUUCUGCUCAUCAUGCUGGUGUUGCUCGUGAGCUACUCCUCUAUAUGUAACCUGGUCCUGGGUUUGAACCUCUCCUCCUACAGAACCUUCACUAGUGCAGUUGUAACAAUGGUCCGUCUACAGCUUGGAGUCUUCAACUAUGAUGAGGUGCUGAGAAGUAAUCCAGUCUUGGGUGCAUUCAUCAUCACUACCUGUGUGAUCUUCAUGACCUUCAUCCUCAUCAAUGUCUUUAUUUCUGCCCUACUCGUGUCCUUCAGUGAGGAGCGACAUAAUCCUAUGCCUUCGGAAAAUGAAGAAAUAGUUGACUUACUUUUGACAAGAUUAUGCGGCAUCGUUGGAGUUCAAAGGAAGAAGAAGAGAACGCCUCAGUCAAAUGCUGAAGUGAUGGAAUCUUUGCUCUAAGGGGAAAAGGCAAAUCACCUAAAGGAACCAAAUGGAGAAAACCAGACACCUUAUUGAAUGGUUGCAUAAUUCUGCAAAGGGGAGAAACUAUGUGAUGCAAAAGUUAAUGAAGAGUGCAGAUUAUUUCACAACAAAAAUGCAGUGCUUUUUUUUUUGAAUAAUGUCUUC